AUGGUGUAUGGUUUUUGUAUCAUGAAUGAAUGCAACAUUACACAAAAUAGAGUCAAAGAAGAUAAAGGAGGUUAUUUAGUUUCAAAAAUUACCUCUGAUUCAUACAUAACUUGUGUCAAUGUUGUUGAAAACAAUCAAUCAUCAGGUACUUUUAAUUACCACGCAUCACAUUCAUCUUAUUCUUCAUCAAAAUUUAAAGUUACUUCAUGUAAUUAUAUAAGAAAUAAAAGUCCAAAUGAAGGUUCUCUGAUUUAUUCUGCGUCUGAUGUUUUCAUGAGUUAUUGUUGUAUUCGUCAAAAUGAAAUUAAAUACAUUUUUAAGGCAUAUUCAACAAUAACAUUUGAAUGCUCAACUACAGAUAGCAAUAAAUCAUAUGAAUAUGGGUACUCCCCAACAUUUAAGAACACAGAUAUUUCAUUUGAAAACGAACAUCCUCUUUUUAAUUUAGAAGUUGUCGAUUCAUUAAAGUAUAAAUGUCGUCAUCCCACUCCAAAUAAUGACGAAAACGAAGAUAAAGUUUAUGUUAGAAAUCAUAUUAAAUUUUUCUAUUUAUUUUUGUCUCGUAAACGAUUUCGAAGUCAAACUUAA